AUGUGUUUGAUAUGGCCAGGCUGCGGCUCCAAGCUCCAGUCCGAGGCCCAACUCCAGAAACAUGGAUCCCAGAAACCUGCUGCGAAUCCACGACUCCUUCAGCUUAAAUACGCAGAUGGGAAGUCCAGGCUGGGCUCCAGUGAGGUUCCAAAGCUGGAGGAAGUGGGUGUGACCAGCAGGAGAAGGCAUGACUACAGGGAUCCAAAUCGCCAGUUCAGCAGCCAGAGGUCUACAGUUCAGGACGAUUAUCUUGACCUGUCUCCACCACAGCAAAAUGAUUAUCUGAAGAGUGUGAUGGGGGGAUCUGCAAAAGGUUCUCUGCUGGAGUCAGAGAGUGCAUUCAUUGACCCCCUAGGUGAUGCCUUUCCAGUCCCCCGCACCCCAGAGUUUGAGAAGACCCCCCAGCUGUCGGCCAGGGAGAGGAGGAGGCUGGCCAAACAGUCACAGCACCCUCUGGAACGAGCUGCUUCCAGCCAGUCCACUGGCCAAGAUGACUACUCCACUCACACAGGUAACAGGCUGCAGCAGGAGCAAGGAGGUGAAGGAAGGAGCCGGUACAGGACAGGUCGUCUGAUGGCUCUCAGUCGUCGUGGAUACACUGCCGGACCAGUGGAUCGGUCUGAUGACGACUCCUUCCCUCCUCAAUUUUCUCUCCACAAUCUUAACCAUCCGAGCUCAGUAGAAACUGUCGCCACAGAUCCCUGGAUGCGGCCAGGAACAUCGGACACACACAAAUGUUCUCUGAAUUUUCUCGAAUUCAGCGGCGAAGGGUGCUUUGGCAAAGUUGCUAAAGGUGUGAAUUUAAUCACAGCACAGGACGUGGCCCUCAAGAUCUUGAAAACCGAAGAAACCGCUAAAAGAGAGAUCAAAAUGCUUGAAGCAGUGAGCGUGCUUGACCCAGCCAUGAAAAAUGUGGUUCAUUUCUUUGAGCAGUUUCAACACAAAGGACAUACCUGUCUAGUGUUUGAAAUGCUGGACAGGAGUCUUUUACAACUGCUCAGCGAACAGCAAGGGACGCCACUCUCUCUCCAUGAGAUACGGCCAAUAACCCACCAGUUGCUGAUGGCCUUGGAUGCUCUGAAGGGCAUUGGUGUGGUUCACUCAGACCUGAAGCCAGACAAUAUAAUGCUGGCAAACCAUCUGAGUGAGCCCUUCAGAAUAAAACUAAUAGAUUUUGGCGUGUCGUUCAGUGUCCGAGAAGAGGUAUUUGGGAAGACAAUUCAGCCUCUGGGUUACAGGGCACCUGAAGUCACCCUGGGCCUCCCCUUCUCCGAGGCCAUAGACGCUUGGAGUCUAGGCUGUGUGCUCGGGGUCUUGUACCUCUGCAAACACCUGUUUGCGAUAGACUGCGAGUACCAGUCAAUGAGGGGCAUUGUAGACGUCCUGGGCCAGCCAGCUGACCACCUUCUCUGUGCUGGGAAAUGCACACAAAAUUUUUUCAAGGUGGAAAAGCACUUGGACAGCCCAAGAUGGUGGAUGAAGACCCCAAGGGAAUACCAGCUUGACACUGAAUUGAGCCGAAAACAUGGGACACAACAAUCAGAAGUCUGGAUGACCUGA